UUUACCCAAAUAUGAAUGCUCAAUUACAGAAAUCAUGUAUUCAACUCUCGGGCCUGGAUGGUAGAUUACAGGGAAUUUCUCAAAUCAUGUUACGAAACAUUCAGCAAAAUACCAAGGAUCCUAAAAUUACCAAGCAAUUAGAAAGAAAUAUGCGGGAAAGCGGGAUUAAAUUUCUAGUACUAGUUGAAGAAGUAAUCAAUGAACUCUGUGAUUCAUCAGAUUUAUUUAUAGCAGAAGAAAUUGAUUUUGGAUUUAUUGAAUUGUUUGAUUGUGCUAAAGUAAUUGUUGAUGAGGUG